AUGGGCGAGUUGCAAAGACUCAAGGGCUUCAAUGUGGCCAAUCACCUUGAGAAGCGCAAGCUUCUCAUCGCCAUCAACAGCAUAGCUGCACUUAGCAUCUUCUUCUUUGGCUAUGAUCAAGGCAUGAUGGGAGGCGUAAACACCGCAAAAGACUACAUCGAACUAAUGGGGUUCGGCUACAAAGACAGUGGUGUUGUCGUGAUAACAGACAGUCUACUUCAAGGCGGCAUUGUAUCUGUUUACUACCUCGGCACACUAUUCGGCUGUCUUCUUGGUGGCUGGGUCGGCGACAAGGUCGGCAGAAUUACAACUAUUGCCUUUGGCGCGCUGUGGGCUAUCGUCGGUGCUGUUCUACAAUGCUCAUCGCAAAAUCACGAAUGGAUGAUAUGCGCUGUGAAUGGCAUUGGUACGGGCAUACUUAACGCGAUUGUCCCCGUCUGGGCAACCGAGACGGCAGAGCACACGUCUCGCGGUCAGUUCAUCGCGAUCGAGUUCACCCUCAACAUUUUUGGUGUUGUAGUAGCUUACUGGCUUGAAUUUGGACUCUCCUUCGUGGACGGUGGCAACUCUUCCAUCGCAUGGCGCUUUCCCAUCGCAUUUCAGAUCAUCCCGCUGCUUGUCCUCCUCGGCGCAGUCUGGUUCUUCCCAGAGUCUCCUCGAUGGCUCACCAAGGUCGGCCGCGACGGAGAAGCUCGCUUCAUCCUGCGUCGCCUCCGUGGUACCGAUGCCGCAGGGGAAUCAAAGGCUCUUGCCGAAUACCAUGACAUCCGCAACAUUGUUGCCUUGGAAGCCAAAGAGUCGUCCAACAACUCAUACCUCCACAUGCUCUUCGGCAUUGGUUCAGGGGAGCUGCAUACCGGCAGGCGUGUGCAGCUUGUGAUUUGGCUGCAGAUUAUCCAGAGCGCGUGGAUCAGCGGCUUGAACAACAUCUUCUACAUGUUCGCAACGCUCAUCUGCGUCUUCACCCUUGAUCGUAUCGGACGACGCUGGACCCUAUAUUGGGGUGCAGUCGGCCAAGGCAUUGCUAUGUUCCUGGCCGGUGGAUUCUCUCGCCUUGGUCAGGAUGCACGCAACGCGGGAGACUCGGGGCAAGCCGCUUCCUACGGGGCGGCGGCCGCAUCGUUUGUCUUCAUUUUCACGUCGGUUUUUGGUGCAACAUGGCUCACGGUGCCGUGGCUGUAUCCAGCAGAGAUAUUCCCAUUGCAGGUCCGGGCCAAAGGCAAUGCCUGGGGUGUAUUUGGCUGGUCUAUCGGUAACGGCUGGUUAACACUAUUGUGCCCAGUCAUGUUCGACGCCAUCGGUGAAAAGACGUUAUAUAUCUUUGGAGCCUGCAACGUCGUCGCCAUUCCAAUCGUGUGGGCGCUUUAUCCGGAGAGCAAUCAAAGGACACUGGAAGAAAUGGACCUGUUGUUUGCGGCACCCACACCUUGGGUCUGGGACGCCGAAAAGACAUUCGAAGCUUAA